GUUGUGCUGCAUUGGUUCUUUUGCAAAAUAAUUCUAUAAGACUAUCUUGUUUAUAUGGAACGUUAAGAUGCAUCCAACAGAUGACCAUUCGAAGGUCUUGAUAUGGAGUAAGAGACUACAAAUAGAUGUGGAUGCAGCACAAGGUUUGGAUUAUUUGCAUAAUGGUUGCAAGCCACCCAUCAUCCAUAGAGACUUGAAGACUUCAAACAUCUUGUUGAAUGAAGACUUCCGAGCCAAAAUAGCUGAUUUUGGCCUAUCAAGAGCUUUUGCAGCUGAAAAUGACUCUCAUAUGUCAACUCAUCCUGCCGGCACUUUUGGCUACCUAGGCCCUGAGUUUCAAUCUUCUAGAAACUGUGACAAAAAGAGUGAUGUUUAUAGUUUCGGAAUUGUACUCUUCGAGUUAAUCACGGGCCAACCUGCAGUAAUGAGAAGCCAGGAUGGCAGCGAACCCAUGCACAUACUUCAAUGGCUAAUUCCUAUUGUUGAAAGUGGUGAUAUACGGAGGAUGAUGGAUCCAAGGUUACAAGGAGAAUUCAAUACCAACUCGGCUUGGAAAGUGGUGGAGAUUGCUAUGUCUUGUACACAACGAAGGGCAAUUGAGAGACCGGACAUAAAUCUGGUUUUGGCGGAGUUGAAGGAGUCUUUGGUGAGCAAUUCAAGUGGUUCUUUUGAAGUGACCUCUUCGGAGAUUUAUUGUGACAGUGUCCCUAUGGCAAGGUAGCAUAAACUUUUCCAAUACACUAAAGUUAUCUUCUUUUUAGGUAGAAGGUUAACUUUUAUCUGCAAAUUUGUACUAUUUUCUUUUAUUAGGUCAUCCAUUUCCCCUUUUCUUUCUGUUAUUGAAUCUUCUGAACUCGGUAUCUAAUAAUGAUAUACUUUCGUCCGCUA